AUGUAUCGACAAUCAAUGGCAAAUGGAGCGGCUGCCUCCGUUCUUUUCUUCAUUUUUCUGUUCGUCCUGGCGAGACACAUGAAAAAACUGAAAAUCAAGCUCCCACCGUCCAACAAGCCAGAAGACGAACAAUUAAGAGAGCUGGAAUGCGGCAACCUACCACCUCCCUACUUUGUGAUACCCUCCCAGCCACCGCCGACUUAUCAGGAAGCCAUCAACGCCUCCACCUCCUCCACUUCCCAAAACUCCACUACGCCCCAAGUCAUCUGA